AUAAAAUAUCCGGUGGGAUAAGAAACAUUUGAAUGAUAAUAAUAUUAAGCAGAAUUUUUGUAAGUGGCGAUUUCCUUGAAGUGCUGUGGUAUUCGUUAUCAAUUCGUGGAACGCAACAAUUAUCACAAGCGACUAAAGAUCUCGCUGCCAGGUCAGCCAGGUCAUACAUUAUCUAAUCAUAUUCUUGAAAGUAGCUUAAUUGUAAGACUAUAUUUUCUAAAGAACCGUGAGAAGAAAGAGACGUUUUAAGCAAGAUGAAGCUAUCGCUCAUUGUAAUACUUUGUGUCGGGAUAGUUGUAAUAAGUUCCGAAGCAAAUGGAGACGUGGUUGUGGAUCUGUUUGGAAGAAUUCAAGAAUCCGCACAAAAAAUCGGAGACGAUAUAAAGAAUGUUUUUCAAUCAAAUAAGAAACGAAAUAAUCAGUAUCCACAAGAAACAGUGAAAGUGUCAAAACCAAAUAAUGGAGAUGCGGACAGGAUAGUUUUUGACAGAUCUGAGGUGACAAAGGUUAGUGUAACCACUCCCAAGAGUGGCACGAUUGUCACAAAACCGAAUGAACAAGCUGGAAGAGAGAAUUUCAGAGGCGCCUGUGCUACUGGAUACGAGCGCACCUCUGAUGGAAGAUGUAAAAGUACUUUUUAAUCUUGGUGUUGAUUUUAGAUACAUUUAUAAACGAAUAUUUUUAAUACAACGUCAUGUUUCUAAUCAAAGAGCGUCUUUUAAACACGAAAGGUAAAUUCUAAAACGAUUUCUUUUAACCGUAUUGGAAGGUAAUGUAAAACUCGUUGUAAAUUGUUUAACAGCCCCGUGUUAUAGAAAUGAGAACUUACUUUAUUAAAUGUAUCAGAUAUAAAUUAUUGUUUAAAACUUAA